AUGGAGUCCAAGGCUCCCUCUAGAAUUUUGACAGACCAAGCCGCCGCAAUGCGCAAAGCUUUGGCAAUAGAGAUGCUAGAAAGCAGGCAUAGAUGGUGCAUAUGGCACAUAACCAGUAAAAUUGGUGAGAAGCUAGGCAAGAAAAAACAAUAUGCGAAGUUGAAAAGUGCCUUGUUAUGUGCAAUUUAUGAAAGUCUCACAACUGAAGAGUUUGAGAGUAAUUGGGAUCUUGUCAUUGAGUCGUACGAGUUGCAACAGAAUACUUGGCUGAAAGGUCUCUACAAAGAGAGGGAAAUGUGGGUCUAUAUCAAACAUUUGUUUUGGGCUGGUAUGAAGACCACGCAACGUGUUGAAAGCAUCCAUAGUUUUUUUGAUGACUACGUGAAGAAACACACAAGGUUGUAUGAGUUUGCGGAGACUUAUUGUAAGGCCAUGGAAAAUAGGGCCGAAGAUGAGAGGAGGUACGAUGCGUACUGUGAAACUUGUGUUAGGCAAAUUGUGACUGGCUUUCCUGCGGAGUAUGUUUUCCAAAAGUGUUAUACAGAUAUGAAGUUCAAGAAGGAUCGGGUAUGGUCUUUGAACAAAGAUACAAGGAAAGAGUUCUUGACUCAACAUGAGACAUGUUAUGCGGUGAAAUUUGACAGUUCAACCAAGCUUGCUUUUUGUGAGUGUUGUUUAUUUGAAAACAGUGGCAUCAUGUGUAGGCAUAUAAUAAAUUUGUAUUCCAACUUGGGUAUAUCUGGUGUUCCACAACAUUAUAUACUUCGAAGGUGGAGGAAAGAUGUCCAACGGAAGCAUACACGUGUAAAAGUUGCUUACCAUGAUCCUUCAAAGAAUGUGCAAGUGAAGGCUUUUAACUAUCUGCAGCUUGUUUUUGAGCCGAUUUGUGCUAAGGCAGUUUUACACAAACAUACUGUAGACUUAGUGAUCGAGCUAUUGCAAUUGAUGGAUAUCCGGGUUGAUGAGAAAUGUACGAUGAUUGCAGCAGAGUUGUUGUCUCAGACACUAGCCUCGGUGGGUAACAGGACUGAGGGUUGCACCCCUCAUUCUACCACUGGUGUUGAUGCAAAUGUGAAAUCUACGGGGACAUCACAACCCCUCAAACAAACUGCAGCUGAUGAUGAUGGCCCUAAUACUGGUGUGCCGAUGUUAACGCGCAAUGGCCGUAAGGCGAAAAUUUUCGCCGCUAAUGUUCAGAGUGCUGAGUUGCGUUCGAGGAGUAUUGCUGAGGAACGUUCACCCAAACAUUAA